CCCUGCUGGUUUGACUGUCGUGGCUGGGUGAUGAUUUGCUUACUUGGAGCAGGACUGAGUUUGGAGCGGGUACUGUGAAAUGUGUAAGCAUGAUACUGCCUGGAUAAUCAGCGGAGGACAUUAGGAGACGGAGACCUACAGCGAACUGAAAGCAAAGCAGGCAGGACAGCCACACCUCAUGCGUGGGCUCAGCAAAGGUCCGAGUGGAUAGGGGUCUGACAAACAUGGGUGUUCUUCAACUCCACAAUCCCACUCACUCCAGCACGCUCCUGCAGCGGGCUAAUCAGAUGCGUCUGACCGGCACCCUGUGUGAUGUCAUUAUCACAGUGGACGGCCAAGAGUUUCCAGCGCACCGCACCGUCCUGGCCUGCACUAGCAAAAUGUUCGAGAUCUUGUUCCACCGCAGCAGCCUGCGCUACGCCCUGGACUUCCUGUCCCCCAAGACUUUCCAGCAGAUCCUAGAGUACGCCUACACCGCCUCGCUCCAGGCCACAGCUGAGGACUUGGACGACUUGCUGUAUGCUGCUGAGAUUCUGGAGAUCGAGUACCUGGAGGAGCAGUGCCUGAAGGUGCUGGAGACCAUCCAGGCAGAGGAGAGUGAGGAAGUGGCGGUCAGGAAUCACAGCUCCGGAGAUCACAGUGACCAUGGCCGGGCCAGGCACUGGAGGCAAAUGCUGAUGUCCAAGAAGCAUUCCAUACAGGAUGGACCCAACCACACCAGUCCCACAGCUCUACACCACCUGGCACUGUACCACAUGACUGAGAGGAGCUCUCCUGGCCCAGAGCCUGAGGCAGCUCCUGAAUCGAGCCCCAAGCAGGACACAGUGGUAGACAUGGAGAACUCCCAGAAGGCUCAGCAUAGCGGUGUAGAGAUAGCCCAGGAUUCAUCUCACGAACCUCCCAGAAGUAUAAAAUUAGAGCGCAUGCAGGUGGAUGAUGCCAACAGCUAUGAGGGCAGAUCCUCCAGUGCAGGGGAGGGAAGCUGCAUCUCAGACCAGCCUAGAGACGAAGGCCCGGGGACGCCCCUGAGAGGUAGCGUCAUCACCAGUGCUCGAGAGCUGCACACAGGCCCCGAGGAUGGAGGACAAAUGGCAGGAAACACUCUUGACUGUUUUCCCGGGAUCUCUGAGAAACACCUGGCUUCCAUAUACUCUGUGCCAUCCAACCACACAGGGGAGGGCAUGCCAGUGUCUGUUUCUGUGGCCCCAACCCUGGGUGUGCCACUAGACCCGAGAACCUACAGUGGACUGCUGCACCAAGGGUUGCUGCACAGGGAGCUCCUGAGCAGGCUUGGCCAGUUUGCAGCAGGGAUGAGGCACGAGGCCCCAGCUCAAGGCCAGCAGUGUUGUGGCGAAUGUGGGCUCCAGCUGCACAGCCGGCAGGCUGCGGAGCAGCACAGGAGGCUCCAUAAUGAGGAGAAGGGCAAUGGCUGUGAAUACUGUGGCAAACACUUCCAGGACAGCAUGCGGCUCAGGAUGCACAUGCUGUCUCACACAGCUCCUGCAGAGGCGCUCGUGUGUGAUCAGUGCGGAGCGACAUUCUCCUCAGAGGACGCUCUGGAAGCCCACAGGCAAACACACACAGGGACUGACAUGGCGGUGUUCUGUCUGCUGUGUGCAAAGCGCUUCCAGACCCAGAAGGCCCUGCAGCAGCACAUGGAGGCCCAUGCAGGCAUGCACAGCUACAUCUGUAGCCACUGCGAGCGCCCCUUUCCAAGCCACACUACCCUCAAAAGGCACUUGCGCUCACACACGGGCGAUCACCCGUUUGAGUGUGAAUUCUGCGGGAGCUGUUUCAGAGAUGACGGCACGCUGAGGGGCCAUAAACGCAUCCACACGGGAGAGAAGCCUUACGAGUGCAACGGCUGCGGGAAGAGGUUCAGCCUGAAACACCAGCUAGAGACACAUUACCGCGUACACACAGGUGAGAAGCCAUUUGAGUGUAAGCUCUGUCACCAACGGUCAAGAGACUACUCGGCUAUGAUCAAGCACCUGCGCACUCACAACGGAGCGUCUCCGUACCAGUGCACCAUCUGCCAGGACUUCUGCCCCAGCCUGGCUGCCAUGCAGAAGCACAUGAAGGGCCACAAACCCGAGGAGGUGCCGGCGGAUUGGAGGAUAGAAAAGACUUACCUGUAUGUCUGUUACGUCUGAGCAGGACUUGGACUCCAAGCACAGUCUGACUGGCACACACACUCACACGCACACGGUCACUGUUGGAUGAAAACCUGUGUUGCUGGUUUGAAAUGUUUCUGUAAGGGUUUUUGAAAGAGUCUGAAUUCUUGUUGGGUGAACUGGGAAGUGUAUUACGGAGAGAUGUCGCUGAAAGAGAUACUGAGUUGGUUUUAUUUGUUUUUUCCCGACAAUUAGACGUGCAAGCACGAAAACAGAUGGGCGUACACGUCAGGGCUGCAACCAAUGUUCAUCAUCAGUCAGGUUAUUUUUACUCUAAAAGGGAAAAAAAAGGGCAGAAGAAGUCACAUUUUGUUGACAAGCUGAAUUCUUCAAAGAUAUUUGCCCAAAAAAGUCCAAUAAAUAUUGCAGGAUUAAUCGAUUAUCACAUUUUUGACAGUUUCCUGAUGACUUAACCGUUUUAGCCCUGACGUGCACAAACAUAGACACACACCGUCUCCCUCGCACACAAGUUUUGAUAAUCACUGUAUCUCUAAUGGAUCCACUGUGGUUAAAAUCAAUGCCACAAUGGCUGUGACUGCUGACCUGUAUGUGUAGCAGGAGCAUUUUGACUGAUUGCUAAACCAUCAGACAACCCGAGUUAUCGUCUAUGAUUUGCAGUAGAUGUUGAAAUAAUUCCACGAAGGCUUGAUUGGCUGAACUUUGCAACAUUUUCUCUCCUAAUUUCCUGUGACUGCUUUGGGUUUUUUUGUUUUUUCUCCUGCUGUUGGAUUUUUAUUUGAGUUGUUUAUUUUCUGCAUGUUUUACUUGAAUGGCUGCCACGUUUUGACCUCAUAAGCUUGAUCUCUUUAAUUGCCUUGUCUUUCUUGCAGUGGGUGUUAUUGUUUCAGGUGGGUGGGGUAGCUGGCUCACAAUUUGAGUUUCUCUUGUAAUAAGGUUGUGCUAUUUAUACGUUGUUUAUUUGUUACCAAAUAUGCGCUGGUUUUCAUCAGACGGUCCGUCUCUCUUGGGAUGAUUUCUAGUAGAGCGAGCUCUACCUCUCCUCGCUUUUCACUGUUUUAAAUCCACUGCAAAUUAUUCAUCCAUCAGCCGUUUUCAGUUUGUUUUUUGUUUUUUUUUUAGAAUUCAUCAUAAAUUACAUGGUCAAAAAGUGUGUAAAAAAUGCCUCAACACGGCUUUCUGUGUAGUUUUUUUUUUUUAUUAAAAAAAAAUCCUUUAAGGAACAGUUUAUCCAAAAAUCAAAUGUAGGUAUUUUUCCUCUGGUCUGUAGUGCUGUUUAUUCAUCUGGUGCGAGUCGCCCAGUUUUUAUAGAGAUGCUUGUCUUCUCUUGAUUAUGAUGGAAUCAAAUGGUACAGAGACUGACCCGGUUACUUUAAAAGAAACAAAACCCCAAAACUCUGUUGUGAGCAAUUUCAUGUAGGGACUAAUUACUCUGUAGUUUCUGUAAUCGCUAACCAAAAGAAGCCUGCAGGUAGCUAACAUUACAGCUCAGCCACGAGCACGAGCCUUUUGUGAUGCCGUCUGAUACAACUGCCGUGUGGAAUAGUUGAUAUAUGAAAAAACUGAGCUUUUUGUGUUUUGGUUGAUUUUUUUUAUUUGCACAUUGAGAUAAUGAUUUCUAUUUACUUUGAUGAAUUUCAAGAGAAGGACGACAUCUCCAAGCAGCGCUGUCUUCUCAAACUGGGCGGCUCGCGCUAAAACUAAACAAACGAGUGGCACUAACAGCCAAAAAAUCUGAUUUUUUGUUGUGAACUGUCCCUUAAACUAUAUAUAGAUGUCUUAUAAAAAUCACAGAAUCAGAAUUUUCUUGGAGAAAACUGAAGAAAACAUGAAAAGUAGUUUUUUGUUUGUUUGUUUGUUUUUUUAAACAAAACACAAAAAGAAAAUUCUGACACUGAAUUACUAUGAGCAGGUUAUUGUCAGUUGUAGUGUAGCUGUAAUGUAAAAUCUGUCAUGGUAUGUUAUUCCCUUAUGUGAGCCUAACACGGGCCUUAUAGAUUUAAACAUGUUGUAUUUUUGUAUUACAGUAAUUUGCUAUCUGUUUACAUUUGGUAUGAUUUGAGAAAAAAAAAAGAAAACAUCUUAAUGUGUGUGUUUUAUAAGUCUCUGAUUUGAUUAAGAUCCCUCCCUUGUGCCUCUUUUAUAAGUAGAGCAUUGAUGUGCUUGAGUACAUGGGUCUGUGCUAUUGGUAGUUGUUUCUGGGUGUUUGUUUAUUGUUACUCAAUUAAAGAUAGACUGCCAUGUAGAUCCACUUUGUCUGAACAUUGCAACUGGAAGCAACAUACUGUGAUAGUGGCUGAUACUCUGAUGCAAGUUCCAAGCAAUUUUUGAUGUAAAAAAAAAGUACACGCUUGUCUCAAAUUGUUCCCUUCAAAGUGACAAUGGACUGACAUCUUUGGAUGAAAACAGUGUGUAUAGCAAAUCUUGGCAUCUGUGGGCAUUACCAAUGCCUUCUUAAGUAGCCAACAACACUCAGUGCCAUGAAAACACAUUCACUGUAUCUAUUCUACAUGAACAUGCACUAUAAAUGGAUUUUCCUCGGUGGACCAAAAGAAAUAGAGCACUUUUGUUUGAAAAGGAUUUUUUUUUCUUUGAUCUUUCUAUGUUGUGAUAAUACAGCUGUCUUUUAUUUGAUGUGUCCUAGAAGGAUGUGAUUAGCAUUGUUUAGAUUAUGUCAAUGUCUGUCUACCUCAGGGCCAGAUCAAAGCUCGACCUGGUAUCCAAUCAGGGUUGUUCUUCUUGCCAUGUGUGCAGUAAAAUCCCUCUUCAUUACAGCUUUGUAACACAGUGUGUGAAAGUGUUUUCUCCGUGUGGAUUCAGGCACAACUCUGUAUGCGUCAGUGUUCAGUGGCAUGGUUAAAAAAAGAAUAAAACAGUUUACUAUUUUAUGCAUCACGUCUCAUUUGCCUGUUGUUUCUGCCGUCUGUGUGCGCUCGUAAAGUGUGACUGGCAGCGGUUCCCAGCCUAUUUGCUCUUUACAAAAUACAAAAUAAAAAAAUA